AUGGCUGAAUACCAGAAUGAGGUCACCUGGAAUGCGAUAACGUCCACAGCAGUCGGUAGUACCAGUGCAGUUCUCUUGUCCACUACAGCAGCAUCAGCAGCACAUAACAAUGGCGAUCUUCGCUGGGGCGCCAUUGCCCUGUCCAUUAUUAUGGGUGCUAUUUCAGUCAUUACUGUCAUUGGCAAUUUGGCCGUUUUAUUCUCCUAUUACAUCGACAAAAAUAUUCGCCAACCAAGCAAUUAUUUUAUCUUUUCGUUGGCUGUUUCAGAUUUGGUUAGUUAA